UUUUUUUUGGUAAUAAAUGAAACUCGUUAAAAAAACGAGGGAGUAAUAAUUUAUUGGUCAAAAUUGUAUCGCGAUAAAUGUACAUGUCAAAUUGUUGCAUUAAAAAAGAAAAAAGAAAAAAACAGAGUAGCCGGACUGCCGGAGACGAACUGAUCACUACUCCGUGCUAUUCAAGAUCCAUUUUCAACUAAAGAAGGACUCGAGAGAAAGACAACGAUAAUCGGACGAAAUGGGCGAAGACGAAAACAACGCAAAAUCAUCGACAACAAAAACGGAGGUAAAGAGAUUCUGGGAAUGGGCAAUUGCAGCAAUCAUCUUCAGAUUCAUACUCAUCUUUGUCUUCCCAGAUAACCUCGCUCAGUUAGCUUCUCGCCCUGAAGUCUCCACCCCUGUUACUUCCCUUCGUCGCCUUGCUGAGGGUUAUUGGUUGAAGAAGCAGGCAUCAAUUUCACCUUAUGCUGGAUCUAUGUAUCAUGGUUCUCCGUUGUUGCUUUCUGUGCUUGGUCCUUUAACUGUUCAAAAAAUUAACGGGCUAUCGAGCCACAUUUUGUGCAGUUUGCUUUUUGUGAUUGCAGAUUUUAUUGCUGCAUUGCUUCUCCGAGCAACUGGCAAGAAGCUUCAAUCAGCAUAUAGUCAGAGUUUGAAAGCUCUAAGCCUUGAUAAAAUAUUGGGAACCUCAGAAAUUUAUGCUUCUGGGGAUAUUUCAGCUCUAUUUUACCUAUGGAAUCCUUUGACGAUUCUUACAUGUGUGGGAUCUUCGACAUCUCCCAUUGAGAACUUGCUCGUGAUUUUGUCUAUUUAUGGAGCAUGUAUGCGAUUAAUACCUCUGGCUGCCGUUGGAUGGGUAUUGGCAACUCAUAUAUCACUAUAUCCAGCAGUUCUUGUUAUACCGGUGAUCCUCUUGCUAGGCUACGGUCCAGAUGCUCCUCCGAAGAAAUUGUUCUUGCAGAAGAUUUCCAGACACAGUGCAAAUAAUUCUGGUGAUAGUAGCUUGCAGCAUGUCAAACUAAAAUCCGGUUCAGCAUUACCUUCUUUUACAUGGAAGCCAGUAAUUUUGUUCCUGUUAUGGGCGUCAGCUUGGUCAGUAUAUAUUCUCGUUUUGUGUGGAAUCUCUGUCGGACUGAAUGGUGGUUUACAAGAGAUGUUUAAAAGGACCUAUGGGUUUAUUCUGACAGUGGAAGAUUUGUCUCCAAAUAUAGGUGUUUUAUGGUACUUCUUUGCAGAGGUUUUUGAUUUUUUCAGAAACUUUUUCCUGCUAGUGAUCCACAUGAACAUUCUCUUCAUGAUAUUGCCAUUGGCCAUACGGAUGAAACAUCGGCCUUGUUUCUUGGCUUUUGUCUAUGUUGCAAUCUAUUCAAUGCUGAAGACUUAUCCAUCAGUUGCAGAUUCCGCUCUGUAUAUUGGUUUGUUUGGCUUGUUUAUCAAUCAAUUAGCAGAGAUGCAUUUCUCUUUUGUCCUCUUCUGUGGGUAUGUUGGUGUUAAUCUCUUGAGUCCUGUUAUGCACAAUCUUUGGAUAUGGAGGGGAACUGGGAAUGCAAACUUCUACUAUGCAACUGCCAUAGCUUAUGCUGCUCUCCAGAUUGUAUUGGUGGUUGAUAGUGCAAGCGCAAUGCUUAACCAUGACAGAUGGUUGGGAAAGUUGAUUACUACCGAAAGUUGAGUUGCCAAUUCAUCCGGCUGUCUUUCCAACUCGACCAAAUGUUUGGUUGAUUAUGGCAGUGCUUUAAAGGCCGAUGCUGUACAGAGCUCAAAAGUAAUGUUGAACAUCUUUAACCAUCAGGCUAAGGUUCCAAAGCAUCUGUCUUUCUGAAAAUUUCGAAGGUAUUCCACUUUGGUAGUUGCAUACUUGGCCAUCCUAGGGACUUCAGAGAAAUCUUUGUUGUAACAUUGAGAAAUUCAGCGAUUUUUUGGCAUUAGAGCAGUAGUUUUCCGCACUGAUUAGCUGGUAUAGAAAAAUAAUUUUAUCUUAUUCUGAUUUACUCUAGAUUUUUUUUGCUUUCAUAUAGGUUUGCUUCUGAGUUUGUAAUAUUUUGAUUCGAUGAACACUACUUUUGAAUAGAUUACACUUUUUCCAUCUUAAAAUAAAUGUCAUACUGCUUAAUA